UAAUUAACUUUCAUUUCAUCAUCUUCUUCUUUCUCCUCAUCCUCAGCCUCAUCCUCGACAUCAUCAUCUCACCGUUUACCUUCUUCACCAUUCUCUUCGCCAUCCUUCUCAUCAUCUUCACCAUCCUCUUCUUGUUCAUCAUCUUGGUUCCUCAUGGAACUCGAUGCUAGGUUUUCCUCUUGUUCAUCUUGGUUCUUUGCAGAACCCAGAUUUGGGUUCCGUGAGGAACCCAACCCGGUGUUGGGUGGUGGAACCUAACCCGGUGCUAGGUUUCUUGAGGAACCCAGUUCCUUGAGGAACUCAAUUUUGGGUUCCUGGGUUCCCGGGUUCCCUGAAGAACCUAGGUUCGGGGUUCUUCGAGGAACCUAGAUCUGGGUUUUGUGAGAAACUCGGUUCUGGGUGCCUCGACGAAUCCAGAACCUAGGUUAUGCAAGGUUUAUUGAAGAACCCAGUUUCUGGGUUCCUGGGUUCCUUGAAGAACCUAGGUUUUGGGUUCUUCAAGGAACCCAGAUCUGGGUUUCGUGAGGAACCCAGAUCUGGGUUUUGUGAAGAACCCAGUUCUGGGUUCCUGGGUUCCUCGAAGAACCCAGGUUCUGGGUUUCGCGAGGAACCCUUGACGAACCCAGAACCUAGGUUACGCGAGGUUCCUUGAAGAACCCAGUUUCUGGGUUCCUCGCGGAACAAACUCUAGCAUUUCUUCCAGUAAUUUCACAAUUUCACUUCAUUUCCAUAGCUUUGAGCACGAAAUUCAUAUUCUUGGUGAUUGGUUUGACCAAUUUUGAAGUUUGGGAUGGUAAAGCUAGUUUUUCUUUGCUCUGUUUCUUUAGCUUCUUGCUUUGUUUGGUUGUUGAGAAAAUAUUUCUAAUCCCCUUUUUUUUUUCUUUCCGUAGAAAGUUGUUUCAUUU